AUGUCAAUCACACCAUUAAAAGCGUUUACAGAACACGAUAAUGCUAGCCUUACUGAUGACAAAAAAGAACAAAAAUAUGUCCACGAUGUUUAUCAAGCGAUAGCACCACAUUUUAGUCAAACUAGAUAUAAGCCAUGGCCGGUUAUUGAACAAUUUCUUAAGAGUUUGGACAUAGGUAGCAUAGGUGCAGAUAUAGGAUGUGGGAAUGGGAAAUAUUUAGGUGUUAAUAAAAAUGUAUAUAUGGUUGGAUCGGAUCGAAGUUCUAAGCUAAUUGAAAUAAGUGUAUCUAGAGGACAUGAAGGUAUAAUUUGCGAUGCACUAAAUUUACCAUAUCGAAGUGAAUGUUUUGAUUUUGUGAUAUCAAUUGCUGUGAUUCAUCAUUUCACAACAUUUGAAAGAAGGCUUGCGGCAAUUAAGGAACUUUUCCGGAUCGCAAGACCUAGAUCAUAUGUUCUCAUAUAUGUUUGGGCUUUGGAACAAAGCAACGAAGCGCGUCGUAAAUUUGAUAAAGAACAACAGGAUGUGUUUGUUCCUUGGGUCAUCCCAGCAGAUAAGAACAAUCAAGACAGAAAGGAAAUUAUUUAUAAUCGAUAUUAUCAUCUUUUUAGAAAGGGAGAAUUAGAUGAACUCAUUGAAAGUACCGGAGUUGCCCAAAUAGUCAAGACAGAUUAUGAUAAAGAUAAUUGUUAG